GUGCUAUAUAUAAGAAGUUUAAUUCUAUUGGAGAUGCUCAACAUUUCAUUAAUGGUAGUAUUCUGUCUCAUACAAAAAGUCCGGGUGGUGAUUUGAAUUUUGCAUCGAAUGCAAUGAAGUCUAACUCCAAAAAGGCAUUCUAUGCUGUCGCCAAGGGUCAAAAGACUGGUAUUUAUGAUUCUUGGGAUAGAUGUAAAGCUCAAGUUUCAGAUUAUGAAGGUGCAAAAUUUAAGAAGUUUGAUACUCAACAUGAGGCUAAAGAUUUUAUAGAGAAAAACAAAGAAACUGGCUCUAUUUCCAAAACAGAAGCUGGUAGAAAGUUGGCCCAAGCAAAAGAGAAAACAAGCUAUUAUGGAAUUGUUUACAAAAAUGGAGAGUCAAAGAUUGUAAAGACAUGGGCUGAAUGUGCAAAGGCAACAAAAGGUAUACAAGGUGCAGCAUUCAAAAGAUUCAACAGUUUGAAAGAUGCUGAAGCCUUUGUCAGUCAAGGAGAAAAUGGGCAACCACCAUUAUCACCAAAUUCAAGAGAAGUUCGCACUAAAUUGUUUCUAGAACAUAAUUCUAAGCAACUUCUCAAAGAACAACAAUCAUUGAAACCUCAGAUUAUAUUCUGUGAUGGAUCAUUUAUACCACAAAGGUCUGGGAAAGAUAAAGCUGGGUUUGGUGUAUAUUAUGGUCCUGGUGAUUCACGUAACGUUGCUGUUCCAAUAACUACUGAACCAAAGAACAGUUUUAUUUCAGAAGUGAAGGCCACUGCCCAUGUCUUGAAACAAAUUUGCAAAGAAAUCGACCGUUAUAAAAAAGAAGAUUUAGAAAUCAUACCCAAAUAUUCCAUUUCUUCUGAUUCUGAGACGGUGAAAAACAUUUUACAUCAAUAUGCUGAUACUUGGACCGAUAAAGAUUAUGAAAAGCAUAGAGAAGUGCCUGAACUUAAAGAGAUGGUACAUGAUUACAAAAAAGUACGGAGCUUUUACAAUGAUAACUCACCAAUAUUUGAUGACCACAAGUUUGGAAUCACUUGGGUUAAAGGCCAUGUUGGUAUUGAAGGGAAUGAGCAAGCUGAUAGGUUAGCUAGAGAAGGUGCUGAACAGUCUAUAAGGUACUAGUUAAAUGGCAACUUUUUUGUAUGUAUGUACAAAAUUCUAAUGUUAUUAAUGACGUGAUUCUAUUUCCAAUAAAUAAAGAGUGUAAAUGAUUCUAGUACAAUGGUGCUUCUUCUUCUUUGACCCACAAUUUUUUGAUCAAGUUGGUCAAACCGACAUCAGUGGUUUCCAUUUCAUAAAUACCAUAUAACCCAACUGUAGUACCAAGAGUCAAAAGAUACCUAGCGAAUUUAUGCCAUAUACCAUAUACUCUUUUUGGAAUAUAAUCAAUAAUACAAGAUGUGAACCCAAUAUGAGCAUGCAACAAGAUAGUUGUGGAUAAAAUAGCAUCCAGCACAGGAUAAUCAACAGUAGCAAUAAAUGGGGUGACAGCUAGUGGAACCAUGGUUAUAGCAAGUAGUCUCUCAUAACUCCAAUGGUAAGAACCAUGGAAGUAAUCUAUUUCACCUUGUGGAGUGGCUUCGUUGACAGUACCCACAAUAUACC